UAGUCGUUGCUAAGAUGUCAGGAAAAGAAGAUAUAAAACCUGGAACCUCUAUUAGUGAAAUUAUACGUGGAUUUGAGAAACAAUUAGGUUUUAAAAAUGAAAUAAAAUGGUCAACCGCAAUUCUUAUAAUUUUGUAUCAUGUAUUAGCAGUAUAUUGGUGCUAUCAUUAUGCUCUCCCUGUGAAAUGGCAGACGGUGCUUUACGCUACAGUUAUGUACAUAUUAAGUGGAUACGGCAUUACGGGCGGAGCGCAUCGCCUGUGGACGCACAAAUCGUACAAGGCUACGUUGCCGCUUAAACUCUUCUAUCUGGUCUGCUUCGCCGCUGCUGGACAGAACACCUUGUACCAAUGGGUGCGCGACCACCGCGUUCACCACAAAUACAGCGACACGGAGGCCGACCCGCACAACGCCAACCGGGGCUUGUUCUUCUCGCACAUCGGCUGGCUCAUGAUGAAGAAGAACUCGCAAGUAAAACAGCGAGGCAAGGAGAUGGACAUGAGCGAUUUAGAAGCCGACCCAAUACUUAGAUUUUAUAACAAAUACUUCCAUUACUUUAAGCUGAUGUUCUGCUACAUCUUGCCGACGACAUUAGGCGUGUGGCUGUGGGGGGAGGAGUGGAAGUGCGCGGUGGCGUGGCAAUGUUUUAUAAGAUUCCUCAGCAUGUUCCACAGCGAGCUGACUGUAAAUAGUCUAGCUCAUGCCUAUGGAUACAAACCAUAUAAUAAAAAUAUAGUACCGAGGGAAAACCGUUUCGUAGCGACGUGUACAUUCGGUGAGGGGUGGCAUAACUAUCACCACGCUUUCCCAUUCGACUACAAAGCCGCGGAGCACUUUGAUGCAUUCAACUUAUGCACCACUUUUAUAAAUGGCUUCAAAUGGCUCGGCUGGGCUUACGACCUGCGCGAAGCAACGCCGCAGAUGAUAAAUGGCCUUGCGAAAAGACUCGGCGAUGGCACACCUCUGCAUUACCCACUCGAUGAACAAACAGACAACUGAAUAUGACAAUUGUUAUAUAGUUGUAAUAUAAUUUUUUUGGUUUAAUAAAAAUAACAAAAUGU